AUGAUCCGCGUGCUCCUUCAAGACUGCCAUGCGAGACUACGCAAAUACCGUCAGAGAAUUGACCAAGAAAAGGCCAGAUGCUACGAGUUCAUGGGCGAGAACGGCACAAAUCUGCUUCAGCAGAAAGUGACUGAACGAGCCCGCGAGCAAAGAGCGACACGCGAUGCAGCACUGGGGAACAAAUUCCACAGACUGCCUGAUCCAACGUCAUCCAGAAGCGGCACACUGGUACACAACCUGUCGUCAAGGGAACCGACGAAGGAGCAAGCACAGGUUUUACGGCACGAAGCCUCAUUCAACACAGCUGACGCCAAACCUGUCAACAUGAUUGCAGCAGUGGAAUCGGUCAUUAAUCAGACGGAAGCGACGGAGGAGACGAAGAACCUUAUCCGACACCAAGUUACGUCCCUCCUUAUGACUCACAAGCCGCGCGAAACACUCACAAAGGUCGAACGCGAUGCACUAAGAAAACUCAAGGCCGACAAGGACAUCGUCAUUGUGCCCGCGGACAAGGGGCGUUCCACCGUCGUACUGGACAGAACAGACUACCUUCAGAAGGCCAAAAACCUACUGGAGGAUCGCCAGUUCUAUGUCCCAUGUGAAACCAACCCCAUAAAAACGCUGCACGCGAAAUAA